GUCACGCCGUCAAAAUCAGCUGACAUUGACUACUGACACAAUUUUUAUAUAUUAUCAAUAAAUUGAUUGCCCUUUAAAAAUAUUACGUCGGAUUUAAAAGGAAAAAGAACUUUAAAAAUGUGUGAAUAUAUAUAAAAUAUUCCUAAACAAUAAUGAAUUUACAUCAGAUUGUAAGUGGAGCUUGCAAUGCAGGCGAUAAAUGUUUUGCUGUUGGAUCAGUUGAAGGUGUACCCUUUACAGCAUAUGCAGCUGGCUGUAAUAUUGUCAUUCUCGCAUCUACAUUUGAGAGGGUUCAAAUAAUUCCUGGAGCAAUACAUGACUACAUAAGAAUAACAUCUGUAGAUUGUUCUAGUGAUACAGGAAAAAUAGCUGCAUCUUAUGAUGAUGUUGUGUGCAUAUAUGAACCUACUCCUCUAAUUCAUAAUACUUCUGCACAUCGACAACAUAUUAUAAAGAAACCUUCAAAAAUUAAGGGCUUGGAUUAUAGAUGGGUACAAACAGGUACUUUGAAAACAGAUUCUCCUGUCCGUGCAUUAAGCUGGAAUUUAGAAGGUACCCGACUGUUAACAGCAGGUGCUCACGUUCAAUUAUGGCAUCUUAAAUCUCAAACAGAUGACGAUCCCAAACAAAAAACUGCUGUUACUUUUACUCUAGGCGGAGGACAUCAUGAUGGAGGCGAUGAAGAUACCCAUGAGGAACAUGAAAAACCUCAAGAACAAGAACAAACUUCGUGGCAAUGUGUUUGGAAAGCAAAUACUGCUAUCCCAGUUCAACAUCUAGCCUUCAGUCCAGAUGGAACCCUUUUCGCAACUUGUGGUGAAAAUGAUAGAUUGGUUAAAAUAUGGUAUGAAAAUCGACAUGUUUUGUUUACUUCGAAAAGUAUUGAGGGGCAUUUAGAAUUGGACUACAGUUUUGUCUACAUUGCUCAUCCAAGGGCUGUGACUCAUAUUUCUUGGAGAACAACUAGUAAAUACAUGCCGAAGGGCUCAGUAUCGAACAUGCUAGUCACUUCAUGUAAGGAUAAUAUUUGUCGUCUGUGGGUUGAAACAGUAUUACCAGAAGAUGGUUUAGUUAAUUUGUCUCAACUUGAUCCACAAGCACAUCAUCCAAAAUUUAGAACGCACAGGCACAAACAUCGUUUCAUGCAACGUUUGAAACAUAUGAAGACCUGCUUCCAUAUAAGACGUAAUGCAAAACACCAAGGAAUUGGCUUGGGAGGACCAUCACCACCAAUCCCUACUUUACCAUCUACCUACAGUGUACAUGAUUUCCAUUCUUAUGGUUAUCAUGGAACGGGCAUUACUCCAGGUCUCCAUUUCCAUUUGGCUGCUUCAGUAAAUGCUGAAACCGAUAUACCUCUUGUACCAAACAUUAGUUACUGCAAUCCCAAACCUGCAUUUGUCUUACAUUGGUUGGAUAACAAAGAAAUGCAAUUCAGUCUUCAAGCUGAACUAUUUUUGGAAGAGUUUGCUAGACCAGUAGUGGAUAAUCCAGAAUCAGAAGAUUCAGAAGAACCUUUAAUGGAAUCUGGAAGUUCAGAUGGAGUAGACGCUCGUAUAGAAAGCUUCCUACGAGACUGGCAUCACAGUCCUGAUUUACUAUUUAGCAUUCAUCCAGUCGAUGGCAGCUUCUUGAUUUGGGUUGUGGAAUGGUUAGAUGAGUUUCAUCCUGGGUCUUUUAGACAAGCUCAAGUUUCUUUUUCUACCCGUAUACCAUCUGCUUUUCCAUUGGGUGAUUCUAUGAGUAUGUCGACAACUGUUAGCCUGUAUAACACAACACCCUUACUAAAACAUCUAGUUAAAGAUGCUAUUCAUAAAGAAACUGUAUGUGAUCGAAAUUUAGCUAGUGUUAAGGAAGAAGAUGAGAACAAAUCACAAAAAGAUAUUCCCAUACCAAUUCCUGAAGAUCAAAAUGAAGCAGCUCCUGUAGUAUCUUUAGUAACCAAACAUGAUAAUGGCACUCUGAAUUUGUGGCAAAUAACUUUUGCUGAUAAGAGUAAAUUCAGUCAAGUAUUGAGCAUUGGACAUAAAAGCAGAGCUUCUGGUCAUAGGUUUAGAGUCAAUGAUAUAACUUGCCAUCCGGUACUGCCUCUACUUUUAACUACCAGCCAUCAUAAUAUAAUAGAUCAGAUGAGUAAAGAUCAAAAUAGAACGGGCUUCUGUAGCGAACUAAUCCUGUGGAAAGUAGACGCCGUUGGUCCUUUAUCAAAGUCUGGAGGUAUAUGCGAAUUAGCCCGAAUAAGUUCUCCAGAACCGUCUGCUUUCAGUAAUGUAGCCUGGAUCCCAACACUUCUUCCAUCCAGCACUUUGGGCAAUUUAUCAAACUCUCCCAGUGCAUGUUUUGUAGCUUCAGACGGUCAGUGUUUGAGAGUAUACCAGGCUGUUAUCGAUGCAAGAACUUUGCUAGCCGAUUUGUCUUUUAAAGAAAACAGAAAUAACGAAGACAAUGAAACUGUUUCUGACUUAUCCUCAAUUAACCAAGAAAGUAUUUUGGAGAAUAUAAAUAUAGUUUCACAACAGAGCACUUCAAGACCUGGUUGUAUUAUUCAACUGGAAACUAUUUCCGAGGCGAUAAAAUGGCAGAAUACUACAUUCUUGCAUGUGUAUCAAGAACAACUGAUCACAGGACAAAAAAGUACACCGAUAAAUCUAUCUGGAAACGACGCUAUGGUCGAUUUACAACAAGCGUCCGUUUUCAAAGAACCAUUCUUCAUUGUAUUAUUGGAUUGUACAGACCAAAACACUAUAAUUCAUAUGUGGAAAUUAACAAUUGCUUCCACUGAUACAGAAUACUCACUUAGCGCUAGUCAGAUGUAUGUUCCAGAUUCAGUAUUGGUUCAGGACGAAAACGAUCUAUCAAGAAAGAAUAGCAUGGAAUCGUUACAUUUGAAACCUUCAAAAGUAAGUCCUCAUAUUAACCUAAUGGUAAGUAGAGAAGUAAAACAGAUCUUACCUUUGGCUGAUGGUAUAGAAAUAGUACACGCCACGCCAGCUGCUGGUCAUUUGAGCUCAGCUUCUAUUUAUCCUGCGUGUCUAGCACCAUAUUGUUUUGCAACAGCUUGCAGCGACGGUGUUAUACGAUUUUGGACAGUAUCUUCUAACCCAAACCAAGUUAGAGAAUUUAAUCAUUUGAUGUUGGAAGAAGAUGGUACAGUAGUUAAUACUGGCCAAGUUUGGACCGAAUGGAAUAUGAUUAAGGAAUCUGCCAUUGAAAUUGAAGGACAGGUUCUAAAUAUUAGUGUGGCCUAUUCUGGAAGAUUGGCGUGCGCUUAUAAAUAUGGAAAGAGCUUCACCAGACCAAAUAAAAAUGAUCAAGAUUCAAGAUUUAUCAAUUUAUGUGUUGCUAUUUACGAAUGCGAAUCAACUGGAGGUAGUGAAUGGAUUUUGGAAGAUGUUAUCCAUCUGAAAAAUAUCCAUCUUCCUCGUAUAGAUAUAAACAAACAUUUAGAUCUAAGCUACUUGUACGAUUCAAGAACUUUAAAAAAGAAGCAGAGAAUCAACGAAGUUUUACAUAAUUUCACAGGUGAUGACCGACAAAGUUUAGCUACAGAGCCUAGUAUCAAAUCUACUUUAUUAGCUGUACCAAGCUUCACGACUUUACAGUCCUUAAGAAAAUCUAUUUCUGAAAUGGGUAAUAUUUGCCCUUUGACACAAAAACAUAUUGUCCAAUUAGAUUGGGUAUCAAAUGAAGAUGGUUCACAUGUUCUGACUGUAGCAGUUGGAAGUAAAAUUAUGCUCUAUACUCCUCUAUCUACAGAUUUAGCUCAAGCUAACGUUAAAGCUAUGAAAGAAAGUUUAAACAACUACAGACCUAUAUUAAGGAAAGCCAGUUCUCUGGCUCAACCCAUGUUUGUGGACGAUUUUAAAUGGAUGACUUUAAGAAAAAUUGAGUUACAAACAGCUGAUGGUCUACCUGCUCUACCUAUGCAAAUCAGCUGGGUGAGAGAUGGUAUUUUAGUGGUUGGAAUGGAUUCAGAAAUGCAUGUAUAUACACAGUGGAAACCUCAAAAUCCUUCUCUGCAACAAAAUCAAACGUCUGAAGCAGAUGGGCGAAAUGGUAGAGAUGUUGAUUUCCGUACUUUAACGCAAGAGAAUCAGAAGAAAUUAGCUGCUGUUCCUACUCUUGGUAGAAUCAGCUCAGUUAAUCUACAAAUUCUAGAUAGAAAAAGAAAUAAAGAACAAAAUUCGGAUUACAUGCCUGAUUAUGGAUUGUUUGAAGCUUCUAGAAUAGCUUGUCCAGUUUUACCUCAAUACCAUCCCAAACAGCUUAUGGAAUUAUUGAAUUCUGGAAAAAUAAGAUGGGUGAAAGCAAUCUUGGCUCACUUAGUAAAAUGUAUAGGUGGUAACCAAGACGCUUCAGAAGAAAUACAAGGCUGGACUCGGAGCCGAACAUUAUCGGUGAGCUAUCCGCCAGGCAGUCCUGAACACAGAACUAGUAUAGGGGAAAUAAAUCUGGAUUAUGACGAAAUCAACAAUAUACCUCCGCUGCCUCUAUAUACCCUUCUCGCUGCUGAUAAAGAAUCGAACGUAAAUCAAGAAGAAAAGAAAGAUUAUAAUGAACUAUUUGAUAGUAACAUCGUAAUGGAAGAUAGCUUGGAUAAUUUGUUAGAAGAUCAGGAAGAGCAACGUCGACCUUCUGAAAGAAAUGUUGGUGUUAUGCAUUUUACACCCAAGGAAGGAAGGGUGCUGUCAAGGCUUUUGACUCAUAUACAUUUACCAGGUUUAUCCAGUUUGGAUCAAAUGCAUCUCUUGGCACUAGCUGAUACAGUGUCAACCUGCAAUACUGACUUAGCAGAACGUUUCGCUAUCGAUGCUGCCAAAUCCGCGAUGGUAAAAGAAAAUUUAAUGGGACAAAAAGAAGAGUUAAUAACAGAUAAUUUGGACGAUUGUGGUUUGAGAUUUUUAUUGGCCAUGAAACAUUAUGGAUAUUUAUUAAGCUUUGGCACCAAACGCGAGUUGAAUGCAUCUAUACGUACAUCCGCCCGGAAAAAUUACUGGUGCCUUCCAUUAGCUCAGCGAACUCAGUUCCAAAAACAAGGAGUAGGUAAUAACAAUUUAGCUUGGGCUUAUCAUUCAGAAAGCCAAGAGGAACUUUUAAACUUGAUACCCAGUUACGCAAAAGGAGAACCUACCUGGCCUCAGUUGAGAGAAUUAGGUGUAGGUUGGUGGAUAAGAAACCUCAAUCUACUCAAAGUAUCUGUUCAAGUGUUAGCAAAAGCUGCCUAUCAGGUUAAUCAAGAUCCAAUGGAUGCUGCAUUAUAUUAUUUGGCUUUGAACAAGAAGAAUCUAUUAUGGGGAUUGUAUAGAUCGAAGCGGGACGAAAGAAUGACUUCGUUCUUUUCAAAUAAUUUUUCGGAAGACAGAUGGCGUAAGGCCGCUUUGAAAAAUGCAUAUGCGUUGUUAGGUAAACAGAGGUUCGAUCAUGCUGCAGCAUUCUUCUUAUUAGCGGGUAAUCUCAAAGACGCUGUUGAAAUUUGCUUAAAUCGGUUACAAGACCUACAGUUAGCAAUCAUUAUCAUCAGAGUUUAUCAAGGAGAUUGUGAAUAUCUGAAGAAAUUGUUAUAUCAAGAAAUUUUAGGGUGUGAUGAAAAUGGAGAAAAUCAAGAUAUGACUAAAGCUCAUCCAGAUCCAUUCUUAAGAUCCAUGGCUUUAUGGACAUUAAAGCAGUACCAGGCUUCACUAGACACUCUUUUAGUAGGUAACGCUGGAACACAACAUUCAGCACACGACGACGAAGCUAGAGAAACUAAAGAAGCAGAUCCUAAUGUAUUUAAUUUCUAUGUUUACCUUAGAACUCAUCCAUUAUUAGUUCGUCAACAUUUGGCCAACUAUGGUAAAAGAAAAGUGUGGGUACCAGGAGGUAAACAAAUCGUUGUAGACGAAUGGAUAACACCUUUGGAAAGACAGUUAUAUUUUGCUACAGCUCACGGACAUUUUAGGGCUGGUUGUCCCGCUCUUGCACUUGAAGUUCUAUCUAAACUUCCGUACGUGGUAUCUGAAAAACCUAAACAGAAAUCUAUAGAUUUUAAAAAAACUGAAAAUCUCGAUGAUUCAUAUAUUAACACUGGUACUGUUACUUCAUGGGAUAGUAAACCACAGUUAAGCACCGAUCUGGAUUGGGGAGCUCCAGUUUCUGACUUGAAAGUGAAAACAGAUGAUUUAGAUUUAAAAUGGAGUGAUGAUGAAAAAGAAGACUCGGAAGAUUCAGACGAAGGUUUGAGUAUGACUAUUGGUAAAAAAGGAAAAGAAGAAUCUAAAGAAACUGAGGAGAAUGAAGGAGAAAACGAGGAGGAAAAACAACAACAUAUUGACAUCAUGGCACAACAAUUGAAAUUUGUUGCUUGUCUAAAAAUUUUGAUGGAAGAAUUAUCCACUUUGGCGACAGGAUUUGAAGUUGAUGGUGGACAAUUAAGGUACCAACUGUAUAUGUGGUUAGAAAGAGAAGUUGAAGCUCUUAGAGAACUUUGUAAUUACACAUCUUCGGAAGUUUCAGACACAACAGAUUUAGAACAAAGUCCAGAACCGGAGAACACAACUACUGUAGAUACUAGUUCUAAACCAACUUUACACGAAAUAUUAAUCCAGGAAAAACUUGAUUUUGAAGCCAAGGUACAUAGAGCAGCUAAAAGAAAACGCUGGUUAAGAGCGAAUGAAACUUUAUUAAGGACGCUUUUAAGUUAUUGUUCUUUACACGGGGCGACAGGAGGUCUGGCUUCGGUUAGAAUGGAACUAAUGCUUCUAUUACAAGAAUUGCAGCAGGAAAAAACACACCAACAAUUAUUAAGUCCUCUACCAUUUCCUACAAGUUUGCCUCUUUUGGCUGCUAGCGUUGCCAGCAGUAAAACUGUUAUCGCUGAUCCAAUCAGAUAUUUACAAUGUCUUACCCAUGAUAUGUUACAAACGUUGGUAGAGUUGAAUCAGCCUAAUACUGGACAAAAUCAACUGUUAGUGAUAAGGGAUUUGGCAAUAGCUUUGUCUGCCUGCAUUUACCAAUCAUUAUGUGAUUCCGACACAUUCAAGAAUUCUAUACAAGAAGGUCAAGAAAUUGGCGCAACGCAUUUAGUAGGGCGCAAACGACGAGUAUCCGUAAACGAAGGCCAUAAUAUUAUAACUCUUCCAUCCAAAUGGCCCGGUGUAACGAGUUUAAGAGCUCUUUUAGCCAGAGAAAAAGAUGAAGAUACUCCCCGAUUGACAGUAAUGUUAUGCGAAGCAUUUACAGCUGUUUAUUUAGCUCUAGUACUCUACGGAUUGGUAACAUUUGAUUGUGUUAUUUUAUUCCAUGUAAACGCCCAUUCGUUCGAUUCAGAUGUAUGGGGCAGAUUAUUUGGUGGAGGGAUUAAAAAACUUCUCAGAACUGCAAGUCUUAGCGGAAGCAAUCCCCAUCAUCCUCAUUACAUUUCCCAGCAAAGUGUCCAAACCCCUGAUGAAAGUAGUGGUCCUGCUAAUUGGUUGAAUAAGCAAAGAGUAAGACUAAAUACCAAAUUAUUGGGUCAACAGCCUUCUAUAAUGAAAGAAGAUAAACCGACUUAUAGAGAACAAUUUGUUCCUCCAGAAAUGAGUAUAUUGGCCUACUUGCUGCAAAGGCCUGCUACAACUGAUUACAUUGAAGAAGAAGAAAGCGACGUAGAGGAAGAAGAAGAAGAUGAGGAUGUUUUUGAUGCUCCCACAACCAAAACUAUCAAAACUGUCAACAACGAACAUUCAGAUCCUAAUUCAUAUUCGUGGUUGGUAUUACGAUUAGCAACAUUAAGGAUUGUCCAAAAUAAAAUCAAUGAUUUCUUGAAUGUAGCAGGAUUAGAAGCAAGUGAAUUACCUGUAGCUAGUCCAAUGAUACACAGUAGUCUCAGAAAAUUGAUUUGUUGGCAAGAAAAUUUGAGAAAAGAAUUGGAAAGUAGGCAAACGCCGAGUGAAUACAUACCAGGAUGUUUCGUUGAGAAUUCGACUGGUCCUGCAAUUCAAAAAUAUAGACAACUAUUAGAGCCACAGAAUACGCCAUUCAGUAACAAAAGCUCGGCUGCUGCUGCUAGAAACCUAUGGACAUAUUUAGUACACCAGGAGCUCGUCCAAGAUAUAUUUAUUAGAGCCGUUUUUGGUAAACGAAGGUCUUCUGGUACUAUUGAAGAAGUCCUUCCUUAUCUGGAACCACCUAUCCUAGAACCAGUCAGAAUCAUUCACAAAGAACAAGACUCAAUUGCCGCAUUUUGUCUUAAUCAGGUUAAUGCAGGCUUGAUUGCCAUUGCCACCCCGAGGGAGCUCCAGGAAAUGGAUAUAUCUCUCCUGCUAGAACUGCCAGCUUGGUUAGAGGACGAGUGUGAACUGGAUAUCCUCAACCUAAACAAAGACGUACCAGAUCCUACCGUUCCUCCAUUUUUAGUUAUUCAAAGUGCCAAUGAUAAGGGUAAGGAUACACAACCGGGAAGUCCACAAGCAGGAGGUGCCGGACAAAGUGGAAGAGGAGCUAGCGUUAUGAAGGGGUUAAGCUUCCCGGGCUGUCAUGACGCCAGUUUUGUCCACCUCGUUCUGCUUCGGUCAGCUCACAUGCUUCGACCGGUUCUGAAACACAAAAUUGAUGGUAUUAGAAGAAUAACAGCACACCCUCUAUUGCCUUUAUAUUUAACAGGAGGUCAAGAUGGUUCAGUACAUCUUUGGGAGUGGGGCCAUCAACAACCUGUAGCAGUUCCGAGACCACCAGGAACAUAUGCAAAAGUAACAAGAGUACGAUUUUCUCAACACGGUAACAAAUUUGGAGUAGCAGAUUCUGAUGGAAAUUUGAGUCUCUUCCAAGUUGGAUUAAGUUCUAAUGCUACAAGACCUUUCUUUACUCUUCAGUGCCACAACAAAGGAAUAAGUGAUUUUGUAUUUCUUGGUUCUUGCAGUUUAUUAGCUACAGCGGGACACAGUUCGGAAAGUAAAAACGUUUGUAUUUGGGACUCUAUCCUGCCACAUGGGAAAGCUCUAGUAACUGCAUUUACCUGCCAUGAACAAGGAUCUAGUAGCUUAGUAUUUGCUCCACAGCACCAAGUAUUAAUAUCAGCUGGUAAGAAGGGUGAUGUUUGUCUGAUUGAUGUUAGGUCAAAAGCAAUUAGACACAAAUUCACUGCACACGAAAAUGCUGUUAAAUGUAUAGCCAUUGAUCCUCAUGAAGACUAUUUUGCUACUGGAUCAGCAGAUGGAGACAUAAAGAUUUGGGGUGUAACCGUUCCAAAUGUGUUAUUAUCACUACCAGCGGAACAUGCCAGGAGUAGCUUUUUCAAGAACAUAGGCCAAGGUGUUACUCAGCUGCACAUCGAUACCCAUAAUCGACUAUUUUCUUGUGGUGCUGAUGGCAGUAUGAAAGUCAGACAAUUACCUGAUAGAGAAAAUUUACUGAAUCAUCAUUAAUAAUAUUGUAAUUUCCUAGUUGAUGAUAUUUAAGUGUCAUUUAUUGCAUUGCCUAAAAUUCAAGACUUAAAAGUCCUACUUACAUAAUAUAUCGAUGAUUCUGUUUAAUAAUUUCAAAACUGCUAGUUUAAGAAUAUUUUUAAAAUUGUAUUUCCUCUCCUUGCAUUAAGACUCCGCGAUUUUCAAAAAUAAUACUGAUGCCCAUUAUGCUUUUUUCUCUCUGGCUUAUCUAAUAGAAAAUAAUUUUCUAUUAUUCAAAUUAUUCCUCUUUGUGAUAUGCCACAAUUAAACAGAAAGGUUCAAUAUCUUCAACUCGAUAAUGAAAUGAGCAUUCAACAGAGUAUAAUUGAAAUUUCAAGCAAAAAUAAAGAUAAUAACCUUUGUUAUAAAUUUUGUUCUCGAAGAUCGUUCGAAGAAUAUUUCAUUAAAUUAUCGAAAUAUCUAAAAAUGCACAGAGUCCAUCAAAUAGUGAUUUGUGGUAUUAAGUAAAAUUUAAUUUUUUAUAUUUCAUUUUCGGACAUUGCAUUGCAACUUUGACUAAAUGAAUGGAACUACAAAGAUCAAUACUUUAUUUCGUGAAUUCACUGUAAACUUGUUGCUGAAAGUAUUAGCACUCGUUAAGAGCUUAUUUUUAUCUAAUUGUUGAUUGUUAAAACAUAUUUAAAUGUAUAUCUAAACAAUAUAUCCUAAUUGUGAUUAUGUAGAAUUGUAAUUUAGGCUAAAGUAAAUUAUAUAAUUUUAAUCAAAA